UAAUUAUUUUAUGAAUCGCUGUUAAAAUUGUGGUGAUUGCUUAUUUUUUGAGCAGUGAUAUUGAUAUCGCAUAUCGCAAGAAUCUUGGAUUUGAUAUAUUGUUGUUCGGGCGUUGUGCGAGAUGGAUGGGAUCGCAGACGGCGGCAUGGCGCGCGUGAAGCCGGAGCCCGAAUGGGAAUCUGACCGCGUGAAGGAAGAAGCAGAAUUCGUGGAUGAAGAGGCGUGUGUGAAGGAGGAGUGUGAGGACAGCACAGACGGGUGCGGUGUGAGCGGGGCGGCCAUGCUGGCCGGCCUGUACGACGACCACGAGGUCAAGGACGAGCUCGUGCUGGGGCCGGAGCGCCCGCACCAACCUGUAGUCAACCUGGUGGGGAACACGCCCACUCUUGUCUCCUCUGCUGUGGUGUCGGGUCGGCGCCGCUCGUGCUCGGUCAGGCUGGAGCGCCUGCUGGUGGACGCGGAGCGGCGCACCUGCCGGGUCGGGCGCCGCACAUACAAGCUGCACGCCACCAACCCCGCACCCACACCCCAUGUCACCACCGCCAUCUAUAAAUGUCACCAUUGCGGCAAACGGCUCAGGAACAACUCCUGCGAUUACCAGAGCAAUUUAAAAGCGCAUUUACAAAGGCACCUCAUGAUCCAUACUGGUGAAAAGCCUCACAAGUGUAGAUACUGUGACUACAGGAGCCGUCAAAGAGAAAACUUACGAACUCACGAGAGCAUACACACUGUAAAAAGGCCGUACUAUUUAUCCGUUAAAACGUAUACUGCAAAAAAAUGGGCAGGAAAAACGUGCCGUGUGAACGAAGCCUCACUCCCUCCCACCUAG